AUGAACCCAGGCCGGUCACACAGUAGCCUCCACAUCCGGACAUGCAUUGACUUCAGCACUCUAAAUGCAGUGCCAGUGCUAGCAUAUGAAAAUACUCGUGCUGAAGCAGAGCCAUUCGAGGGAACAAACAAUCGAAAGAAGAAGAAGAAGCGAUCAAAUAGGCCACUGGAAGGGGCAAGGUUCUGCACAUUUCACCAACUUUACGGACACGACACCAGCGAAUGUAGCGAUGCUCCUCGAUCCUUAAACCAGAGUACCCCGUCGAGGGAAGAAUACCCUCGCAGGUCCACCUCCCCAAAUAGGGGAGAGAGGCGGUAUAGAGACCAAUCUCUCCGGAGGAGAGAAUCCAGGGACAAAGGAGAGUCCAGGCAUAGGGAUCAGGUCCCAUCUGGAGGCCAAGUUAUUAUGGAAAUUGAUAUAAUUAUUGGAGGACCUCACAUCGAGGGCAACACUAGGAACGCCCAAAGGAACUACACAAGAGAAGUGAAGGAUCCAUCAAUGAUUACCUAUAUUGUCAAUCAGACCCAAGAGGCCAACAUGAUGGCCCCAAUCACUUUCUCUCAAGAAGAUGCGCAAGGAGUUCACCACCCCCAUUGUGAUGCGUUAGUGAUAAGAGUCGUAAUGGCUCGAAACGGACUCAAACGCAUGCUCAUCGACAAUUACAGCUCGAUGAAUAUACUAUUCGGAUCCACCUUCGAUAAAAUACAGAUUGAACAUGGGUUGACCACCAUGACUGGCCCGCUAUUUGGAUUUAUUAGCAAUAGCAUCAUCCCACGAGGGCGAAUUACUCUACCUGUCGAGAUGGGGUCAGCAUCCCCAAUAACCCACCACUUCGUGGAGUUCCUAGUGGUUGACUACAGAUCAGCUUACCAUGAAGUAUUGGGCCGACUUGCCUUGAAAGAUCUUUGGGUAGUUAUAUCCAUCCAUUACUUGUGUAUGAAGUUCCCAAAUGAGCAUGUGAUUGCUACAGUUUGA